AUGCGUCUCGACUACGUUCCAAACCCGCCAACAGACCUGGCUCCCGAGGACCAGGAGGUACUGGAACGGGUAAAAGCCCGACGAGGGGCCAUGGGCUUGAUUCCUCUAGAUUUGACCUUGCUUCAUGCCCCGAAAAUUGCAGAUGGCUGGAACGGUCUUCUGGCAGCUGUCCGGACCAAGAAUUCUCUACCGGACGACAUUCGCGAGAUUGCCAUUUCCCGACCUGCACUGAUCAAUCGUGCAUGGUUCGAGUGGAAUGCGCAUGUUCCGAUUCUUUUGAAGUCUGCUGGAUUCACAGAGGAGAAGAUGAAUGUUGUGAGGCAGCUUCUUCCCAUGGAGCAGGGAGCCCUUGACGACCGGCAAUGGGCAGUUCUCAGAUUUGCCGAUGCCAUGACGAGGGAGGUUGCGGUCCCUCAGACCCUGUUCGACGAGGUCAGGGCAGCUGGCUUCACCGAACAACAGAUCGUUGAACUCACAGCGACUGUUGCUAGUUACAACAUGGUCACCCGAUUCUUGGUUGCGCUGGAUGUUGCUGAAGAGAAUAACAAAUCUCCCCAGUAUCCCAUUGUCGAGAAUUGA